GUAGGCGUGCUAAAGGGAUGGGAGUGUCUUUCCUGGUACUCUCCUGCCCUCACCUCCACUGCAUUGAAGUAAAUAAUACACACACUUAGCCCUUUGCUUUUAUGGAGCCUUCGCUCUGAGAACAAGUUCUACCCCCAUCACAUUUUUUUCCUGCCUUACACUUACAUUCUCCCUCUCCUCCCCUUUGCAAAGCUGAGGGAAAAGGGAUUCCAGGGGAGCUCAUUGGGUCAAAUACACUGGGAAAAAAUUUAAUUAGUGAAAGAGUAAUUAACAGAAGAAGGGAGGGGACAGAGCCUGGGACAGACUGCCAAAUUAAGGUUCCUCAAUAGAAAGUGAUGGAGAGACAGUAAUGUUCCCAUGAAGUAUUCAAAUGUUUUGGAUGGACUAACGAAUGAAUCAGAAAAAGGGGCUGGGACCCAAGCAGACAGAGACGACGUCUUCUGUUGCAAAGACAGUAAGCUGUGAAGGUCUUAUGUGGAAGGUGAGGCUGAAGUGGGGAAUGCUGGUGUGGGAAGGGAGUUUGAAAAACUCACAGACACUUAUCUUAGCCUUCCAGAAGGCUUACAAAGCACCCACCCCUAGCAAGGUAGCCAAUAAAACAUUCACCUCUUGAGCCCCUUAGUUCACUCCUUGAGGUUUUUCUUACUAGUGUUCCAGCUGCCCUUGCCAGGAGGGGCCCAGGGCUACAAGUAUCAGGAUGGAAAGAGGAGGCAUCUGUAUUAAUAUGUAUUCCAUUUUGCUCUAAAUCAUGGUUUAUAUUCAUCUUCUAGUUUGAACUCUUAUAUUCUCAGCCAGAUGGUUAAGGAAAACAGAAGUUAGAGUGGAAGGAGUGGCAAAUAGGGUAAUAAAAUGGCUUUAGAUUUUAGACAAAUUCUCACAAAUGAGACACUAACAGCUUUCCUCCUUUACUCCCAUACCCCCAAAGGGCUGGGAGAUAAAGACCUUGGAGCCAAUAAAACAAAGAAAGUAGGAGAAAUCUACUUGUGUCUACCUAGGUGUCUGGGCAGAGGCCAUUUGGGAACAAGUGUGUUCUGGACAGUGCUAAGUGCUAAGAAAGCGGCACUAGGGAAAAAGAGGGAAGCACAGUGGCUCCAAAUGAGCAGUCACAAGGUUUGCAGAAGGGGACAUGUCAUUUUCAUUCAUUGUGGUGGUCUGGAGGGUGCAGGGGGUGUGGUGGUAACUUUCUUGCAUAUGUGCAAUCCUGUAUCCAUCUUAUAUAUGACAUGUGAUAAAUAAUAUAUACAUACAUAUAUACAUAGAAGUAUAUAUGCACACAUACAAAUAUCACAUAAUCAUAGAACCUUCCUACUGGAAAAAAAAAAACUUUUAAAGGUCAAGUAUUCCUGUCUCCUGCUCAUCAGUAACUUCUCUGCCAGAUGGCCUCAGGUCUUUGCAUUAACACUCCCAGGGAGGUUUGGAAGUUGGAAAAGCGAGAGCAUUAUCUUGUCACUGAGCCUGUUGGAUUACUGUAUUAAUCUGCCUUCAGGCAUCCUUUAAUCGUAGUUUUGCCCUCAAAUGGGCAUUGUUUACUCCCUAUUUUAGAAGACCCCAUUGUUGGCUACAUCUUUAUAGAUAGUCGUACCACUACUUUAAAGGGCCAGUGACAGACACCAAAAACAAAAACCCACAUACACACUGGAAGCAAGCAGUCAGUAAAAUGUUGUAGAAUUAAUGAAUGAAACAAUGACACAAUGAGAGUAUGUUUUCUCAUGGUGGAGCGAAAAGGUGACAGCAUCACCUCUGGUACCCCAACUCCCACCCCCUCCCCAAUAUAGACAGGAUGAAAGACCGGUAGUGAGACUGGAGUUCAGCCUUCAGACCGGUAGUGAGACAAUCCUUCAGCCAGGAGUUGGGCUCUGGGUGGCCUAGGUUGCCAUGGCACCGCCUCGGGCUCCACCCUCUCUUGUCCCCCUCACCGCUCCCUCCCGCAGCGGGGGUUGUGGCAGCCAGUCACGUGCCCGCCGCGUAACCACACCUCUGCUCCUCAGAGCAAUGUCAAGCGGUCACGUGUGAUAGCAACAGAUCACGUGGCUGCCAUCGCCCCUCCGCCCCCUUACACUCUUCGCCCUCCUCCCCGCCGAAGCGGCUCCUGGCCGCCCCUCAGCGCAUGGGUGGCGGUCACGUGCCCAGAACGUCCGGCGUUCGCCCCGCCCUCCCAGUUUCCGCGCGCCUCUUUGGCAGCUGGUCACAUGGUGAGGGUGGGGGUGAGGGGGCCUCUCUAGCUUGCGGCCUGUGUCUAUGGUCGGGCCCUCUGCGUCCAGCUGCUCCGGACCGAGCUCGGGUAUAUGGGGCCGUAGGAACCGGCUCCGGGGCCCCGAUAACGGGCCGCCCCCGCAGCACCCCGGUCUGGCGUGAGGGUCUCACUUGAUCUGAGAAUGGCUACCUCUCGAUAUGAGCCAGUCGCUGAAAUUGGUGUCGGUGCCUAUGGGACAGUGUACAAGGCCCGUGAUCCCCACAGUGGCCACUUUGUGGCCCUCAAGAGUGUGAGAGUCCCCAAUGGAGGAGGAGCUGGAGGAGGCCUUCCCAUCAGCACAGUUCGUGAGGUGGCCUUACUGAGGCGACUGGAGGCUUUUGAGCAUCCCAAUGUUGUCCGGCUGAUGGACGUCUGUGCCACAUCCCGAACUGACCGGGAGAUCAAGGUAACCCUGGUGUUUGAGCAUGUAGACCAGGACCUAAGGACAUAUCUGGACAAGGCGCCCCCACCAGGCUUGCCAGCCGAAACCAUCAAGGAUCUGAUGCGCCAGUUUCUAAGAGGCCUAGAUUUCCUUCAUGCCAAUUGCAUCGUUCACCGAGAUCUGAAGCCAGAGAACAUUCUGGUGACAAGUGGUGGAACAGUCAAGCUGGCUGACUUUGGCCUAGCCAGAAUCUACAGCUACCAGAUGGCACUUACACCCGUGGUUGUUACACUCUGGUACCGAGCUCCCGAAGUUCUUCUGCAGUCCACAUAUGCAACACCUGUGGACAUGUGGAGUGUUGGCUGCAUCUUUGCAGAGAUGUUUCGUCGAAAGCCUCUCUUCUGUGGAAACUCUGAAGCCGACCAGUUGGGCAAAAUCUUUGACCUGAUUGGGCUGCCUCCAGAAGAUGACUGGCCUCGAGAUGUAUCCCUGCCCCGUGGAGCCUUUCCCCCCAGAGGGCCCCGCCCAGUGCAGUCGGUGGUACCUGAGAUGGAGGAGUCGGGAGCACAGCUGCUGCUGGAAAUGCUGACUUUUAACCCGCACAAGCGAAUCUCUGCCUUUCGAGCUCUGCAGCACUCUUAUCUACAUAAGGAUGAAGGUAAUCCGGAGUGAGCAAUGGAGUGGCUGCCAUGGAAGGAAGAAAAGCUGCCAUUUCCCUUCUGGACACUGAGAGGGCAAUCUUUGCCUUUAUCUCUGAGGCUAUGGAGGCUCCUCCUCCAUCUUUCUACAGAGGUUACUUUGCUGCCUUAAUGACAUUCCCCUCCUACCUCUCCUUUUGAGGCUUCUCCUUCUCCUGCCCCCCUAUUUCUCUACACUAAGGGGUAUGUUCCCUCUUGUCCCUUUCCCUACCUUUAUAUUUGGGGUCCUUUUUUAUACAGGAAAAACAAAACAAAGAAAUAAUGGUCUUUUUUUUUUUU